CUACUCUUUACUUGCUUUAUCAAAAAGUGAUCAGAACUCAGAAGGGUUCUCUCUCUCUCUCUCUCUCUUUCUUAUCAGUGGAAGCUUAGUGCGAAAGCUUUUGAAGCAGCAGCACUCUUUUCUUCACACUCUGGAAAAAAGGUUCUCUCUCUUUGGUUUGAGAAUGGUGAAUACCAAAAUGGGUUGCUGAGGAUUUGUGCUCAAAGUGUUUCUGGGGUCAGCAAAAUUUCCAAACUUUUGGUACUGUUUUGUUCAGAGAUAAUGGAGAUCAGCAUUUACUGGGUGCGUCUAUUGGUGGUGCUUUGCUUGGGGAUGUUUAUGAAAAGUCUGUGCCAUGUUGAAAGCACUGAUGCAAAUGUGUAUAUUGUUACUCUGAGACAAGCUCCUGCUGCUCAUUACUAUGGUGAGUUGAGAAGCGACUUCACACAUGGUUCUCCUUCGGAAAGAUUGAAUAUUCACAAACCAAGAUUUAGAAAUACUUCAAGAACGGAUCGGAGGUAUGGUUCUCAUAUUGCUCGAGUUCAUGAUUCAUUAUUGAAGCGGGUGUUAAGGGGGGAGAAAUAUCUGAAGUUGUACAGCUACCACUACUUGAUCAAUGGAUUUGCUGUCCUUGUUACCCCACACCAGGCAGACAAGCUUUCAAAGAGGAGAGAAGUGGCAAAUGUGAUAUUGGAUUUCUCUGUUAAAACUGCAACCACCCAUACCCCAGAGUUCUUGGGACUACCAAAUGGGGCAUGGAUUCAAGACGGAGGUUUUGAAUAUGCUGGAGAGGGAAUCGUGAUAGGGUUUGUUGAUACUGGCAUUGAUCCAACACACCCCAGCUUUGCUGAUGAUAUAUCUGAACAUCCAUAUCCAGUUCCGGCUCAUUUUUCUGGCAUCUGUGAGGUUACUCGGGAGUUUCCAUCUGGUUCAUGCAAUAGGAAGCUUGUUGGGGCCCGCCAUUUUGCAGCAUCUGCUAUAACCAGAGGGAUUUUCAAUUCAACUCAGGACUAUGCUUCACCAUUUGAUGGUGAUGGCCAUGGCACGCACACGGCUUCAGUUGCAGCAGGAAACCAUGGAGUUCCAGUGGUAGUUGCUGGGCAUCACUUUGGAAAUGCCAGCGGGAUGGCUCCUCGUUCACACAUUGCUGUUUACAAGGCAUUGUACAGGAGCUUUGGAGGCUUUGCUGCAGAUGUAGUCGCUGCCAUAGACCAGGCAGCUCAGGAUGGGGUUGACAUAUUAAGUUUAUCUAUCACCCCCAAUCGGCGGCCUCCUGGUAUUGCAACAUUUUUUAAUCCCAUAGACAUGGCAUUGCUAUCUGCUGUAAAGGCUGGAAUUUUUGCUGUGCAAGCAGCAGGCAAUACUGGACCAUCACCUAAGAGCAUGUCUUCCUUCAGUCCGUGGAUCAAUACUGUUGGUGCUGUAUCUCACGACAGAGUCUAUAGUAACUCUAUAGUCCUUGGCAAUAAUUUAACCAUUAAUGGAGUUGGGCUUGCACCGGGAACAAAUGGCUCAAUGUACACACUGAUUCUUGCAACGCAUGCUUUGAACAAUGAGACGACAACGGUCAAGGAUAUGUAUGUGGGUGAAUGCCAAGACUCCAGUAGCUUCAAUCAGGAUCUCGUCCAAGGGAACCUCUUGAUCUGUAGCUACUCAAUACGAUUUGUGCUUGGGCUCUCAACUAUCAAACAGGCCUUACAAACAGCCAAAAACCUCAGUGCAACUGGUGUUGUGUUCUACAUGGACCCCUUUGUAAUUGGUUUUCAGCUUAAUCCAGUUCCAUUGCAAAUGCCUGGGAUCAUUAUUCCGUCCUCAGAUAUUUCCAAGGUUUUACUCCAAUACUACAAUUCUUCUUUGGAGAGAGAUGAGCUCACAAAGAAAAUUAUUAAAUUUGGGGCAGUUGCAAGCAUCUGUGGUGGACUAAAAGCAAAUUACAGCAAUGCUGCUCCAAAGGUUAUGUAUUACUCUGCUAGAGGACCAGAUCCAGAAGACGGUUUUCUUGAUGAUGCUGACAUAAUGAAACCCAACUUGGUAGCUCCUGGAAAUUCAAUAUGGGCUGCUUGGAGUUCUGCUGGCACUGAUUCAGUUGAAUUUCAAGGUGAGAACUUUGCAAUGAUGUCUGGGACAAGCAUGGCUGCCCCUCAUGUUGCUGGACUUGCCGCACUUAUUAAGCAAAAGUUCCCCAGUUUCAGUCCUUCUGCCAUUGCAUCUGCCCUUUCCACCACUGCUAUCCCACAUGACAAGAAUGGUGGACCAAUAAUGGCUCAGCGCGCCUAUGCCAACCCAGAUCUAAACCAGUCUCCAGCAACUCCCUUUGACAUGGGCAGUGGUUUUGUGAAUGCAACUGCGGCACUCAAUCCGGGUUUGAUUUUUGAUUCCAGUUAUGAUGACUACAUGAUGUUUCUUUGUGGCAUUAAUGGAUCAGCUCCUGUGGUUUUGAAUUACACUGGCCAAAACUGUUGGGUUUAUAAUUAUACCAUGGGUGGUGCUGACCUGAACUUGCCUUCCAUCAUGAUAGCAAAACUUAACCAGUCUAAAACAAUACAAAGAUCAGUGAUCAAUGUUGCUGGAAAUGAAACUUACACCGUUGGUUGGAGUGCUCCGUACGGGGUGUCUUUGAAGGUGGUUCCACUGCACUUUUCUAUUGUAUAUGGGGAAAGACAGGUCUUAAGUGUGUACCUUAAUGCAACUACGAACAGUUCUGUUGCCAGCUUUGGGAGAAUUGGUCUUUUUGGAAAUCAAGGUCAUAUUGUCAACAUUCCUCUAUCAGUUAUUGUUAAAAUGUCUCACUAAUGGCUAACUGCAUAGUGUUUUUUUUUUUUUUUUUUUGUGUUUCAUAAUUCUUUCUUCUACUAUUUUUCCCCCUCUUCUCUGUCUUGUAAGAUGUGCCAAGUGUUAACCAAUUUUUUCAUUCAUUAUCAUGUAAAUGAUAAAGCACCUUUUGAAAAUAUAGAUAACUAUGAAUGAAUGAUUGAUAAUCAGCAGUUAUUUUGCUCUC